AUGGGCGGGGGGGUUUGGUGUUUCGAAGCUCGGAGAGACUCAAAGUUAGGAGUUGCUGGUGCUGCUCCGUCUGGCAGAUUUGGAUCUCGGCUGGUUUCCACGGUGGGUAGCUGUCAGCAGCAGCAGCAGGUGCAGCAGAACUGGACUGACACCACAAGUCUCGCUCCUGUUGCUGCGGCUGCGGCGGCUGCUGCUGCUGUCGCAGCUCUGGGGUGGAUUGCGUGGCAGCAGCAGGCUAAGCGUAAGCAGCAGUAGCAGCAGACUAGGCGUAACCAGCAAGAGCAGCAGCAGACUAAGCGCAACAAGCAGCAAGAGCAGCAGCAGACUAAGCGUAACCAGCAAGAGCAGCAGCAGACUAAGCGCAACAAGCAGCAAGAGCAGCAGCAGACUAGGCGUAAGCAGCAAGAGCAGCAGCAGCAACUUGCCUUAGCUACAGAGACACUCUGCUGCUCCAUGGCUUCGAGGAUCGUUUGCUGGAUGUCUCGCUUUAACGCUCCCAAAUCAUCGAGGCAACAAAUGCCGCCAUCAGCCAGCACCAAUGCUCCGCCUUCUAGCCCCCACUCCCCUGCUGCCCCCUCCGAAGAAGAGUCUCUUACUGCCGCGCACGUCAAUCCUGCUGCGCUACAGCCAAAGCCUGAGCAGUCAAGGCAGCAGCAGCAGCAGCAGCAGCAGCAGCAG